ACUCGCCCUCGUCACGUGACCCACAUUCCCGCCAACGUUGCAUGCAUGGCUCAUCACCCACGGAACGGAAAACGCCACGCGAGAUAAAUUGACACCCCGCGACACGCCGCCAUGGCGAGCAGCGGCACGCGGCUCGACCGCUUAGUCACACUCCUCGAAACUGGCAGUACUGCGCUGAUCCGGAAUACCGCCGCCGACCAGCUCGCCGACGUGCAGAAGCAGCACCCUGACGAGCUCUUCCACUUGCUUACGCGCGUUGUCCCGUACCUCAAGAGCCGGAGCUGGGAGACGCGCAUUGCUUCCGCCAGGGCCAUUGGCGGUAUCGUCAGCCAUGCUGACAAGUAUGAUCCUAAUGCUGGCGACGACGUCAAGCCGGAGAGCAACGGCCAUGUCAAGCACGACCCGGACGGCACGAAUGGCUCAUCCAUCAAGGCCGAAAAUGGGGAUGCGAGCGGAGCGCUCCCCGUCCCAGAGGACCAGCUCGACCUCGCGACCCUCGACAUCAGCAUGAUUAUGAAGUAUGGCAAGACCCUAGCUGGCAGCGGCGGCAAGGAGUAUGACUACAAGCUGAACGGCAUGGACCCUGCCGCUCGCUUCGCUCAUCAAAAAAAGAACCUAACCCAGCGUCUUGGCCUUGGCGGAGAGUACAUGGAGGACGACCUCGUGACAGAGAACGACGUUGCUCAAACACCGGGCCUCCACCCCCCUCCUAUGCAUCGUCUCGACACGUCGGUGGCUCGCCAAGACAGCAUUUCCUCUGCCGCUGGCUAUCCCUCUUACUCACCACUGGAUGGUACCAACACUCCCGUGGAUGGUGAGAACGGUGCACCUGCCCUCAGCAAACGCCAGCUCAACGCUUUGAAGCGCAAGAGGAAAGAUGAACUCAAAAAGGGAGCUAACAAAGUCCACAUAGUAGACCUGGCCGCCCGGCGAGGAAGCACCGUCCCACAGACUCCCACCACUGCUCAACCGCAUCCAGUCAAAGUGGAGCCGAAAGAAGAGAAUGCCGAGGAAGGCGUCGGUGACUACUUCUCGCUGGAUCGGAAGGGUGACGAUGACAGCAAGCUUGUCAAGGAAUUCAAAGGUGCCCCUAUAGAAGAGAAACCCGCUUUCCUGACCGAGGCCGAGGAAAGUGGGCUGGAGUGGCCCUACGAAAAACUAUGCGAGAUCCUCACCGUCGACAUAUUUGAUCCCAGCUGGGAGAACAGGCACGGCGCAGCCAUGGGUCUUCGAGAAGUGCUCCGAGUUCAUGGAGCAGGCGCCGGCCGAUUGCAUGGAAAAACGCGCGCUGAAAACGACAUACUCAACCAACGAUGGCUCGGUGAUAUGGCCUGCCGCAUAUCCUGCGUCUUCAUGCUGGAUCGCUUUGGCGACUACAUAUCAGACAACGUCGUCGCCCCGAUCCGCGAAACUGCCGGACAAACUCUCGGAGCCAUGCUCCAGUACCUGUCUCCCGAGAACGUCAUAUAUGUCUUCAAGAUUCUGCAGCGCCUCGUUAUGCAAGAAGACUUCGAUACAAAACGAGUUUGGCAGGCUUGCCAUGGCGGCAUGAUUGGCAUGAAAUACCUCGUGGCAAUAAGAAACGACCUCCUAUUGGAAGACUCGGAACUUAUGGAUGGAGUGUUACUAGCUGUUAUGAAAGGGCUGUCUGACUUUGACGACGACGUCCGAUCCAUGAGCGCGUCAACCUUGAUACCUAUCGCCAGCGAAGUCGUGGAGCUUCGACCGAAAGCUCUGCAAGAACUGAUCAACAAAGUGUGGGAAUGCUUAUCAAAUCUGCAGGACGAUCUCAGCGCUAGCACUGGCUCUGUUAUGGACCUCCUUGCGAAACUUUGCAACUACCCCGAAGUGCUUGACGCCAUGAAGGAGAAUGCCAAGCUCGACCCCCGUUCUUCUUUCGUUGAACUAGUUCCCCGUCUGUUCCCUUUCCUCCGCCAUGUCAUCAUCAGCGUCCGAGCUGCAGUUCUUCGUGCGAUUUUGACCUUCCUCAACAUUGAAGGACGAGAGACGGAUGACUGGGUUGACGGCAAGGCCCUUCGGUUGAUCUUCCAGAACAUCCUUUUGGAACGCGAUGAAAAAGUCCUCAAACUCUCCUUGCAGGUGUGGAACGCACUUGUGGAUCGUUUGAGUUCUCGCCGCGACAAGGCUGGCAACGAAGUCAACGAACUGCCAGACCUUUUCGCCUCGCAUCUUGACGCCGCUAUUCCUUUGACAAUGACGCCCAUUGGUGUUCUCCGUCACCCGAUUGCUAUGGAGUACUCCCUUUUCAUUAGGCCGUCUGGUCAAUUCUUCGCCCCACCAAAUCAUGUAAGCACCCGAAAGGUAACCCCACCAGGCGGAGGAGAGCCAGCUAAGAAGAGGCGGAAGUCACAGCAUAAGAAAGAGGAAAUGGCGCCUCCAGCAUCUAUCUCCCACAACGUUGACGGGCACAUGAUGAGUGGAGACGUCGACCUUGUUGGUGUCGAUGUUAUGAUACGCUCUAGAAUCUACGCUGCUCGGGCAUUAGGCAAGCUUAUCGCCUCAUGGCCCUUGGAAUCACGACGAGGCGUGUUUGAGAAGCGUCUUGUUGAAUAUCUGAAAUCGACGCAUUCAAGCACCCAGCUCACAGCAGCCAUGGUGGUUGAAGAGUUUGCCAAAGCGAACAAGACCAAGGACGAAUUGACACAGAGCCUCGCAUCAGUUUUACUUCCUAUUGUCGAAGGAGAGCGACCCGGUGCCUACGAGGAUCUGGUCCCCAAACUCCAGGUUGUUCGUACGCAAUGCCAAGCACUCAUCAGCGCUUUCAGGGACGCCCACGUUACAAGUCUGCCACACCUCGCCGUGGUUGUGCAGGGCGAUCCCGGUGCUAGCGUGUAUGCCUUCUCCGUCUUGGAUGGGGAGAAGCUUAUUGGAGCGCAAUUUGACAAGGCUAAGAAGGCGAUGACUCCUGCCCAGCGCUUAGUAUCCUUGACCAAUCUAGAGACUCUCAGACUGGAUGUGGAAAGCUCCCUCAAAGAAAUCAAGGAUAUCAAGGAGAGUCGCGAUAUUCGCAUCAAAUCAGCUGCUGCCGGUGCACUUGUUGCACUUAACCAGGCACCAAAGAAGCCCGCCCUAACAAUUAAGGCCAUUAUGGAUAGUAUCAAGAAAGAGGAAAAUGCCGAGCUUCAGAAACGCUCUGCUGCUGCUGUGGCCGCAUUGAUCAACCAUCUUGUGAACACUGGCAGGCUGACCGUCGUCAACAAGGUCGUUGGCAACCUCGUCAAAUUCUACUGCAUGGAGACCGCAGAGACGCCGGAAUUCCACGCCAAUGCGGGUAUCGAAACUGGAAUUCUGUCUCUCAAGAAAGAGGAGGACAUCCGAGACCAUCCAGAUGCGGCUAAGUUUGAACAGGAUGCUCGUGCAGCCCGGAUCCAAAAGCGUGGAGCCAGGGAAUCCCUCGAGCUGCUAGUGGAAAUAUUUGGAAGUGGGAUCUUCGAGAAAAUUCCUAAGCUUCGCGAACUUAUUCAGAAUCCUAUCGAAAAAGCAUAUGAGAGCGAAGCGCUACCUACCGGCAUCCUCGAACCAGACAACACCUUCGGGCAGGAGGUCGUUGAUGCACUAUCGACACUGCGAGCUCUAGUUGGCAAAUUCCAUCCGGAUGUCCUAACCUUCGUCAAAAACCUUCUACCUCUCAUUGCUAAAGCGCUACAAUCUCGGCUGUACGUGCUUCGGUAUGCAGCGGCCAAAUGCUUUGCCACGAUCUGCAGCGUUAUGACCAUCGACGGUAUUACCAUGCUGGUAGAAAAGGUUCUCCCAUCCAUCAGUAACCCUAUCGACGUUCAUUAUCGACAAGGGGCGGUGGAAUGUAUCUACCACUUGAUACAUGUUAUGGAGGAUGGUAUCCUACCGUAUGUUAUUUUCCUGAUCGUUCCGGUGCUUGGUCGUAUGAGCGACUCAGACAAUGAUGUGCGUCUCCUUGCGACCACGAGCUUUGCGACAUUGGUCAAACUUGUUCCUCUUGAGGCUGGUAUACCAGAUCCGCCUGGGCUGUCGCCAAAGUUACUCGAGGGACGAGACCGGGAGCGGAAAUUCAUUGCACAGAUGCUUGACGCGAAGAAGGUGGAACCCUUUGAGAUCCCGGUGGCGAUCAAGGCCACUCUUCGUUCGUACCAGCAAGAUGGCGUCAACUGGCUUGCAUUCCUCAACCGCUACCACCUUCACGGAAUCCUCUGUGAUGAUAUGGGUCUAGGAAAGACCCUGCAAACUCUUUGCAUAGUCGCCAGCGAUCACCACUUACGAGCAGAAGAGUACGCCAAAACUCAGGCUCCUGAUGUCCGCCGCAUGCCCUCUCUUAUUGUCUGCCCUCCGACUCUCUCUGGUCAUUGGCAGCAGGAGAUUCGACAAUUUGCACCUUUCCUCACCGCUGUAGCAUACGUCGGCGCCCCUAGUGAGCGGUCGAAGUACAUUGAGAAGCUUGGUCAAGCCGAUGUUAUUAUCACUUCUUAUGACAUCUGUCGUAACGACAUAGAUAUCCUUGCGCCACUGAACUUCAACUACUGCAUUCUGGACGAGGGUCAUCUGAUCAAGAACGCCAAAGCGAAGACGACCUUGGCCGUUAAACAGCUGAACUCUAAUCAUCGCCUCAUUCUUUCUGGUACUCCGAUCCAGAAUAACGUCCUUGAACUCUGGUCACUUUUCGAUUUCUUGAUGCCAGGCUUCCUUGGCACUGAGAAGGUCUUCCAAGAUCGCUUCGCCAAACCCAUCGCCGCGUCUCGUUUUUCCAAAUCUAGUUCUAAAGAGCAAGAAGCUGGUGCACUUGCCAUUGAGGCGCUGCACAAGCAGGUCCUACCUUUCUUGCUGCGUCGCCUCAAAGAAGAAGUGCUGGAUGAUUUACCACCCAAGAUCCUUCAAAACUACUACUGCGAUCUUUCCGCCCUGCAGCGGAAGCUGUUCGAAGACUUCACCAAGAAAGAAGGCAAGGCUCUUGCUGAGAAGGCUUCUGGUGAAGACAAAGAGAGCAAGCAGCACAUCUUCCAAGCCCUUCAAUACAUGCGCAAGCUUUGCAACUCUCCUGCGCUUGUCAUGAAACCGGGACAUAAGCAAUGGGACACUACGCAGAAUUUCUUGCAGAGCCAUCACACCGACAUCCGGGACAUCGCCCACGCGCCAAAGCUCACAGCUCUCAAGGAUCUGUUGGUGGACUGUGGCAUCGGCACCGAGAGCGUCAGCACCAGCAACGGACACGCAAAUGCAAUGCCCGGCGACCUCCCCGAGGCCGUGUCCCAGCACCGCGCUCUUAUCUUUUGUCAAAUGAAGGAAAUGCUGGACAUGGUGCAGACCGAGGUCCUACAGAAACUCUUACCAUCAGUGCAGUACAUGAGACUUGACGGCGGCGUCGAAGCCUCGAAGCGCCAGGACAUCGUCAACAAAUUCAACUCCGACCCCUCCUACGACGUCCUACUCUUGACGACUAGCGUUGGCGGUCUCGGACUGAACCUUACGGGCGCUGACACGGUCAUCUUCGUGGAGCACGAUUGGAACCCGCAGAAGGACAUUCAGGCCAUGGACCGCGCUCAUCGUAUUGGCCAGAAGAAAGUCGUCAAUGUCUACCGCAUCGUCACGCGCGGCACCUUGGAGGAGAAAAUCCUAAACCUCCAACGCUUCAAGAUCGACGUCGCGAGUACAGUCGUCAACCAGCAAAACGCGGGCCUGGGCACCAUGGAAACCGGCGAGAUCCUGGACCUCUUCAGCCUGUCGACCGACGCCAACGAGGGCGUGCCGGCGCCACCGGGUGAGAACGCAAUUAGCGAAGAGGACGCGGUGGAUGCGACGGGCGAGCUGCGCGAGAAGGGCAAGAAGGGGUUCCUGGAUGAGCUGGGCGAGCUGUGGGACGAGAACCAGUACGAGGAGCAGUUUGAUCUGGAUGGCUUCCUCAAGACUAUGAAAGGGUAGGAAAGCGGCAAAGCGAGGCAGCUGCGAAGUGGGGGGGAUAGGAGUGAAGCGUUGGCUCUGGAUCCGUCUUUUUUUCGGGUGGAAAACUCUUAACUCCGAACCUACCUAUCCACUCGAACCCAUCCCAUCCUGUUCGAUUCACAUACUUCACUUUACGGACCUUUUCGGCGUAUCAGGCAGGAAAAAGGGUCUCCUGGGAGGGAAGCUGGGAGCUGGGGUUUGGCAUGCAUGUUUUUUUUUCUUUUUCCCCUUUGCAUGCAUCUUCUGCAUCGAUUGCUUGAGCGUGGUGUUACGGUACGGAUACGGUACGGAUGGGGGGGCUACUGGAGCAUCUGGGUUCGAGGCAUUGGGGGUUUUACCUCGGUUUCUGCUCCUCUAGGCUUCGCUCUGGAUAGAUAGAUAGGUGGUGGAUCGGUGGGUUUUGAAUUAAAUCCAUAAGCUACUACCUAGGUACUGCUCUAAUCGAUCAAGUUAGUUUCC